AUGUCUCAUCCUCGUCCUCCACUGCUGCAAGUAGCGCCGCAGUCGGCUACUUCGUCAGUGAGGCUGAGUCAUCUGCGAGAGGCGUUCUUGGCCUUGAUCCGUGCUGCCGAGAAGUUGGAGGAACACUUUCAGCUGUCAUUGGCUGCUGACAUCACACAUGCCGUUUUUGGUGCAAUCUGCAGCUCAUACGAAGUAUUUAUCGCCAUCGAGAAACCACAUAUUACUCGUUUACUACCGUACAGCAAAUCACUGAGAACGUCGAUGUUAUGGCUCGCCUACCAUUGUUUCAAGGUAAUAUGUCUGGCACUGUCCUGUGGGGCAGCUAAGGACGAGGCGAGACGUACCGGUGUGAUCCUGCGGAGACUACCAGUGCUGCCACCUUGCCUCUCUGGCGAAGUGGACGCCUUCCUCCGUGUGACGUCGCAGGAAGCACAACUGAAUUUCACAGCUGCAGGAUUCAUCGAAAUCGACCGCCGCUUUCUGGUUUCAGCACUUGCCGUCGUCAUUACGUACCUCGUCGUCAUUGGUCAAUCUGUGACUGACUGGUGA